AUGGAAACACAAAUUUGGUGGUAUAAUCUACCAGGGCACCCUUUCGUUAUCACCACAGUUAAUAGUAACAAUGAGUGCACAUGCCUAUUUGCUUUCCAGAAGAAUAAGGAAAUCGCAACAUUUAAACCACACGAUCUAUACAAGAGGAAGGGAAAAUAUUUAGGGUCAUAUGAAAAUGAUAGCGCAGAUUUAUGGGUCACAGCUGUAGUAAUGAUGAAGCAAAGACCAUUUAUAGUGAACAAACCUCCAUUGGACAAGGCUCUAUAUUUCAUAGCCGCUAUCGAAAGUGCCGAAGACAUGAAGUUUCGCGGGAGAGAUUGGCAAAAAGAAAUCAAAGAUGCUUAUUCCGCUAGCUCCUCAUCUUCAGAGAACUUAAGCACAUCAAAUAGCACACACAAGAGGGGAAAACAGGAGCCUAACGACGGAAAGAAAGCGGGUAAUGAUAAACCAAUCACUGCCAAAACUGUGGAAAGGAUCCUAUCCUCUAUUAGCUCCGAUGGAGGUCGAAAAAGCAAUGUAAAAACGGAAAAAAAGGAAACAUAUAAAGAAAGUAAGAGAGAUGCUCAUGAUAGAGAGAAGAAGAACCUACCGAGUAACGACAACAGAAUGGUGAAAUAUACGACAACCUUUAAUGAUAACAUCAAAAGAGAGCAAAGGAGGCACAUGACGCAGCCCAGGGCGAAUGCUAGGAAAUAUCUCAGGGAGGAAAGUCCGAUGAGGCAAACAAAUAAUGAUAGAAGGAGACAAUAG